AGGGCUAAAAGUGAUUUAUUAUUUAGAUGUCUCUGCACUAAAAUAUAGUUUUAAGACCUGUGGUUAUAUGCUUCUAUCAAGCAUGGGAAAACUGUACACAUUGCACAGAGAGGAGGAGGGACAGAGUUGUUAUUCAGGCCCAGAGGCUCAUUUUAGCCUUGAGGCCCCAAAUAGCAGCUGAAUACAGCCAUGCUGGGAUACUGAACGUCAAAAAGCAUUUUUAAAUAGUUUUCAGUCUCAAUAUACUGAAGCUAGAACAGUUCCCUAAUCACCCAGCCUCUAAAAUGUUUUCUUCAUGCAAAAAUCCAUCUUAUAGGACUUAACUGGAAUGUGGUGUUAUACAUUUACAAAGUUGAAUGGUGGCUGUCAGUGUUGAAACUGCACUUCAGCUGCCAUGGUGUUUUACUGCAAUAUUACAGAAGAGUCAAAACAUGUAACUUUAAAAAAGGUCUAAGCUGACAUAACACUGCAGUUUUCACAUGAUGUAUUUCUGAAACCGAGAAGAAAAGAGAGAACAGUCACCCUAUAUCAGACAGAGAAGGUGCUUGAGCUUCCAAACAAGGAUUCAAUAGCACAAAUGAAUGUUGUCUUGAUGGACUACAAGUUAAAGACAUAUUAGAAAGACUGUCAAGAAACAAUACACACAUUGAAUAUAGCCUAGAUAUUUCUUAAUAUAGCAACAAGCUAAUAUGCAACAAUCCAGGCUAUAGAAGAGCUUUCUAUAGGGAGGGGGAUGUUGGCUAUUUUAGCAUAUCAUAAUUAUUUUUGCUAUAAAGUGAAUAGAUUACAUGUUUGUGUGAUGAUGGCUGAAGCCUGGUGUUGGCACACCGUGUAUCCCCAUGGUUGCUCAUGCUAUAAUGUUGAAUUGUGUAUAUUAACUGUGAUUGAUCAAAGUAAAAUGCAACCCAAAGUCCUUUAUACAAUACAAACCCCAAACCCCUCCUCCACACAGAAAGCGAUACAUUACUUUGUAGUUAAUAACACUCAUACAACAAUAAUUACAGCAUUUAUUAAUAAUAAAAUAAAAAUCCCAUAAAUCUUCAGCGAGGAUACAACAGUCCGUCCUUGUAUUGAAAAGUGUGUGUGACUGAAAACUCACACAUUUGCAGAAAUGUUAGUCUUUUUUUUGUCUUCUGCUGCCGCCUAGCGGACGCAGCCGUUAGUUGUUGGAGGUUGUUUCCAUAGUAACAGUUGUUAGCAGCAGCCAUGUCAGUAACAGGUGGACAGAUCUGAGCGUAACAUGGCUCCGGUCUGUAAGGUGAUACAUUAGACCAAUAUUUGUAGAGAAAAUAUGUCUGGAAAAGGGGAUUUAGCUAAACUGGACGUUGGUGUAUUAACUGCUGAUCAGCAGGAGAAACUUCGACAGUUCAAGAUCAAGACGAGAAUUAACAAUGAGAAGUAUUUGAGAUCACAUCCAGAAGUGGAGGUAUUGAUAGGUGACUUUUUAAGAGAUGUGCUUCUAAAAAGGCCUGCGGACAUCCGGGAUUUCGCUGCAGAUCACUUCACCAAUCCAGACCUUCAUGUGUUAAUCGGCUCCAAAAUGGAAGGAAACAUGGAGUGAAACACACCCAACAGUCACAGUGCUUCCCCUUUUUGCCUUCUCUGUACAGAGCAACACAUGUAUGGACUAAGACACAAAUACAUUUACGUCAGUCCACUUGAUAGCGUUAUUGUCCGAUUUCCCAUCAUACACAUGCAGGAAGCCAACAGAUGGGGAAGAUGCUAACUGUAUUUCCUAAUAAGAGUGAUUAAAAGGUUAAUGAGGAGAGGAUGUCCUGUGGGUCUCACACAUACAUUACACUGUGCUGUUGGCCACAUCACCAAUAUGAUUGUUCAAGGCUGCAUUUUGUGUUUACUGCUUUCAACCAUUAUUUCACCAGAACCAUCUACCAUGUGGCCCGCGUUGUGGGCACACAGCUGUUAUAGUCCGCAUUGAUCUGGAUAUGGGCCAGUCAAGACUGAUUUAUUUCAUGAUGAUGCUGCAGUUUUUGUCUUUCUAAUUUUUAAAACUGUCUUAAAGUCUUUCUCUUUUUUAAACAUAUGUUCGUGUUUGUGCCAUUGAAAGUAAGGAAAAGGAAAAGUUAUAGAUUGCCAAAAGACUAAAGAAGUGAACACUUUAUGGAAUUUUUCUUUCAGAUAAAUGUGUGUGUGUUCAAUUCAACUCCACCGUUUCACCUAAUCCUACUUCUACAACGACCUUAAUAUUCAAAUGUGCUCGGUUUCGGUUGUCACAGCUCUGUAUUCAGGAGCUUAUGUUUGCCCACUUGCUUUAUGGAUUGUGUAAAUAAAGCCUUUACCGUGCGGUUACCUUUCCUUUGUUUCCUUUAAACUCUUUAUAUGGUUGUUGUUUGUGGUUUUAUAAGUGUGUCCAUCUUUUCCUGCUUUCAUUUAAAAUAAUGUUUAAUCUGACGAAUUAUCAGAACAUCCAAUCAUACAACCUCCCAAAUAAAUGUACAAAUGUGCAUCUGAUCUCAACUCAAUCCUAUGUGAUCUAUUGUCGGCUUGUAGUGUCUGAUUUGUUCUGUUUUUUAAAACAUUAAAAUAGGAGCUGCAAUGUAGCUAUAAA